GUCGGUGAUUGUAUCAACGCUUUCUUUUUAACACGCGGUCUGGAUGGUCUUCAUCCAGAUCCGUUUUUCAUAUUUUUUCCGAAUUUGUGUUAAAUACUGGUAUUUAUAGUAAAGAACUAACUCGUUAAUCAUUCAAACAACAGAUUCGGUCAGUUUGUUUGUGUCCUUCCUGUAGAAUAUCUUGUAAUUAUGUCCGAUCAAAACUUUGUAAAUAAUAGAAAAAUGGCUAGUUGUGAUCUUUCAUUAUCAUAUAGUAGCAAGUGUCGAUUCUCGUAUACCUCAUGGUCUUGGUGUCCAACCUGUGAUAAAGAAUCGCCUCGUCGAAGGUGUAGAAGUGAAUCAUUAGAGCCUUGCCGUAGAAAGGGUAAGGAAAUGAAAAAUUUUUCCCCUAGAAAAUACGAAAAGAAUCGAGAGUAUGAGAACAUGGAUUUAGAGUAUGAAAAUAAAGACUUUCGCUUUGAUAGCUGCCGUAUCAGAUCAAAUUUAUGUGAGUUGCCAACCACUUACAUUUCAAACAACUGCCAAUUGACAAAAGUAGUCUCAGAGUGUCAAAACGACUACAGUGACAGUUCAGAAAAAAGUUCAAAAAUUUACGAAAACUCAUUCAAGUCAUUUGAUGUUCGUAAUCAGACUUUAAAUUUUGGUAAUAUGUUAGAAAAACAGGACAAAGACAAAAAAGCACUUGCAAAAGAGGAAGAGGGUAAUAAGAGUUUGAAAAGUAUCAACAAAAUCAGUUUUUCAGUUGAUCAUGUUAAGCCCCACUUUCUACCAAAAAGCGCCGAUUGCAACCGGCAAUCACACUCAACCGGUGUCGCUAAAGUAAAUUCUCUGAAUGGCUUUUAUUCUGGAAACAACGAAAAAACAUUCAGGAAAUUUUUAGAAAAAAACAAGUCGAUUAAUACUACCAAAGGCGCCCAAAGUUAUCAACCUUUUAAAAAUUCAAAAGAGGUUUAUAAUAAAUUACUCGAAGCUGAGGCCAAAAAUGCCCAUAUUGUAAAUAAAAUUAAUUUAAUAGAAAGUUUCAAAAAUCCAGUGGAAAAUAUGAAAAAAAGUUCAGCACACAACAUUACAAACAAAGAAAAGCACCAACAAAGUGAUCAUACAGUGGACAAUCACGAGUUUACUUGUUCCCAAAAUGAAGAGAUAAACCAAGGUUUUCCUCCUAAAUUGGUCGAAAACCAACAAAAGUCACAUCUCAAAAGUCGGAUUACUCAAGCUGAAAGUAGACCCUUUACAAGUUUCAAUUUUAGCAACCAAAAAACACUUUUCGAAAAACAAAUUAGUCGAUUCGAAGAUUUAAAGAACCAACUUGAAAAUCAGAAAUCAUUAUUAGAAUGUCAAAAGGCGUACUUUGACCAGAAAAAAAAAGAUAGACCUGUAUCUUCACCACCUUGGCUAGCCAGUCCACCAAUUAAAACAACCGUUAGUAAACAACCUGUUAAGGUAACGAAGACAAACUUGGGGAACGUCGAGAUAACUAUUGGUGGAGCGCCUGUUUCCCACGACACCAACACUUAUUACGAAAACGCUAAAGACGUGUCAAAUUUGCGAGACAAAUACUAUAAGGAAAUUGAAAUGCUCAAAUCCAGGAUGAAUGAGAUAAGAGAAAAGGCCCUCUCUGGACAACAGUAUCGUUAUAAAAACGAUAUUAUUAAUAAUCUACAAAAUUCAACUCCGGAAAAGAAGGACGGCGGUUUAAAGGAUGCAGUUAAAAAAAGUGUUAAUGGGGCCCUUUUGAAAAAGAAAGAUUUGAAAAACGUUAAUAGUAAAGUUUCAUUAAAAACUAGAAAGCUUAAUAACGUCAAACUUAAAAAAACCAAGUCCAAAUUCUUAAACGGUGCCGAUUCAGGUCCAGACAGUGAAUACAGCGAUUCAGAAGAUUGUGAAGGGCUGGACAUAACAGAGUCAGUACAAAGUAUUGAUGCCACUAACUCAAAAAAUACAAUCAAUGAUGAUAAUGAGAAAGGAGAUGGCGAUAAUUGUUCAUGGCCUUUAAGGGAAAGUUUAUUUCCGCACAUCCCUCCUUAUAUCCGAUUCAAUAUGCACAAUGGAGAACCGUUUAAGCUACCUGCAGGUCGAAAAUAUAUGAAAUGGAAAUUAACUAAUAUCACUCCCGUUUUAGUGCGCAACACUCUAACGAACACUGGGUUUAGAUUGAUAAGAAGUGAGUUUACUAGAGAGUCUACUGAGUGGGUGGGUACAUGGGGGAAACAUAUGAAAUCUCCCAUGUUUAAAACACUGAAGGAUAGCCAAAAAUUAAACCAUUUUCCUGGUACAUUCCAAGUGGGCAGAAAAGAUCGACUUUGGAGGAAUUUACAAAGACUUAUGUUAAUGUAUGGCCAUAAAGAAUUUGGAUUUAUCCCCAGAACGUACAUAUUACCCCAGGAAGUGAAAGUUUUAAAGCAAAAUUGGAAGAAUGGCGACGACAGCGAAAAGUGGAUUAUCAAACCUCCUGCUUCUGCCAGAGGUACGGGCAUACGGGUAAUACAUAAAUGGUCUCAGUUGCCAAAGAAGGCAAAUUUAAUAGUGCAAAGAUACAUUUCCAAUCCAUUUUUGAUCAACGGUAACAAGUUUGAUUUACGCCUCUAUGUUUUGGUUACAAGUUUCAAUCCUCUAAGAAUCUACCUGUAUCCGGAUGGUCUGGUCAGGUUUGCUAGUGUUCAGUACAGUGAUAGCAACAAAGACCUUAAAGACAGAUACAUGCAUCUGACAAACUACAGUAUAAACAAAUUGUCGAGUAACUACACCGCCAAUGACGACGCCAAUUCAUUUCAGGGCCAUAAAUGGACUUUAUCGAAAUUAUGGGAGUAUCUUCAAACUAGAAACGUGGAUACAAAGGGUUUGUGGAGGUGCCUUCAACAGUUGGUCAUAAAGACCAUGAUUAGUGGGGAAAGCACGAUAGUCCCAUUAGGGAAAGAUAAUAUGAGCAAUAGGUACAAUUGCUACGAACUCUUUGGCGUGGACGUGUUGUUGGACGAGAAUUUGGACCCCUGGUUAUUAGAGGUAAACAUAUCCCCUAGUUUACAUAGUCAAUCGCCUCUAGAUGCCCAUGUAAAAGGUCCCAUGGUACAAUCUUUGUUCAAUUUGGCCCAGUUUCACGUCCCGCCAAAAGUUAUUAAGACUGGUUGCAACUUUGAGUGCUACAACUCAAAGUUAUACUCAGUUCAUUUGUUUAAGAAAGAACAAGGCAAACAUAUGCAUUUUGCAGCGAAAGAGAGAAGAGAUGAGUAUUUGACCGCAAUAUUGGAAAAACUUACUGGCGACGAUGUUCGGCAUUUAACUCAAGCAGAAGACGAACUUCAAGUUAAAGGGCAGUUUGAAAGAAUUUUCCCCACAGCAUCCACGCAUGUAUACUUUCAAUAUAUGGAACCACGAUAUUACAACCGCCUGUUUGAUGCUUGGGAACACAAAUACGAAAGGAACAGAACAGCCGGGAUCAAACGCCUAAAGGAUCUAUGCGAAACUAAAAUGCAUUUGAAGGUUGCGCCUGCGCCUAAAGUUGUUCAGAGCUCGCAGAACAUUAAUGUGACUCCAGAUCAAGUAAACAAUCCUACAAACGUGCAACAGCUAGAGCCAGAAAAGAGUGCAAUUCCACACAAUCUGUUCACCCUUAAUCCUGUAAAAGAACAACAGGGUGCAUUGUUUAAUAAUUUGAUAGUGCCUCAUUAUCAACAACUUCUACCUUCAAAAGAAGGCCAAAGUCACCCGACUUCGUCAUCUGACUAUACUGCUUGUCCUUUAAAAAUAAAAGAUGUCAUUAAUCCUUACGUAGCAACUCCUGUCGUUUGAAACAAGACUGAAUCGACACCACCCCCAUCGCACUUGUUUAGGUACGUUUAUUUUAAGGACAUCUAUUUCUGCCCUAUCCCUACGUACGAAUCAUGUUGUAUUUUUAUAAUUCGUCGUCAAUCUUUUAGAAGAUUUUUGAUUGUCAACCAGUCUUUCUGGACUAGUAAAUAAUAUAAACAUACCGUUUAUAAUUCUUUUUUCAGAUGGUUUAUGUGUAUUUUAAGUAGGGUUUUGUAAAACAUUGCUCUUUUUCUUUAAAAAGGGUAAUUUUAAUUUUUUGUUAAAUUUGUCCAUUUAUUUUUUGUAAGUUAAUUAAUAAUUUUCAUUAUAUUCCAAAAAUUAGUGUAACAAUAAAUAAAUAUAUACAGCCGAACGUAAAUUGAGGAAAAUAUAUGAAACAGUUUGUGCGAGGGUACGUCAAAGUAUUAAAUUUUACACCAAAUUUUUGUCCUAGAAUGUAUAUUUGUAAUAGGAUUCUAUAUUUUGAGGCUUUUGUUUGAACGAUUUCGUUUGUGUGGGUGAAUGAAAUAUGUACAAAGAAAUGUGUUUUCCAUGUAUUAUCUUUGUUUUGGGAAAUUUUCAAUUUCUUUUAACGUUAACUGCCAGUAGGUGUGCAUUAAUUUUAUUUCACUUAAACGGCCAUUUAUAAUUGUUUUUGAAAAGAUAGCAAAAAUGUGCUGCAAGGUAGUGGUUAACAAAAACCGAUAUACAUGUAAAAAUAAAUUAACUAUUCCGUACUAAUUGAGAAUUUAUUACUAUAUUAAAAUUUCGCUUUGAAAUUGUGUUCAUUUUUAAUACAUUUUUAUAAUUAUUGAAAAGAUUACAACGUAUUUGGAAGGCCUCAAAAUGUUGCUCACAACAAAAAAACCACAGCCUGUAUAGCACACAUUGUGCCAAACAAAACAUUGCUAAAUAAAUUUUACUAUUAUAAA